CGGAGAUUCCCAUCCUGAUUUUGAAAAAAUUAUAAAGGAAUCAAAACCCUAUCCACCAAUCACAAACCCUCCCCGAUUGUUGAUUUAACUCUCUUGAUCCGUUGUGUCUGUCUGAGCUGGAUUUUGUAUAAAAGAUCAGAUUGCAAUUUCAGAGUAAAGCUGAGCUCUUACAUUAAAACCAACUCUUUGAUCUGAAACAUACGAAUUGGUAGAAUGAGUUAAGGAGGGAAGGGGAGAUGACUGGAUUGGGCGUUCGAUCCAGUAGCUACGGUUCCUUGGACAAGACGGGUCUCUACGCCGUCGUUUUGCCUAUCCACACGACGAAUCGUACCAAACCUUCUAAGAUGAUGCACAAGGAGAGGGUACAUUGGAUCUGCAAAUUCGCUGGUCGUAAGAAGGUGGGCAUGCUGCUCCUCUUCCUAAUCUCCGCCGUCGUCUUCCUCCGCGUCCUCUACGCCGGUAAAGGUGAAGAUGGUCAGGAAGUUCAAGUUCCUCCGAGUCUUCAUUUUAAUGGCACUUCUCUUGUAAAUCAUUCUGUCUUGUUACCCACAAAUGAAGAGCAAAACAUCAACAUUCGGAAUAUAUCUUUUCUAGGAAAAAAUGUCAUACUCUCCGCUCCUCCUUCUCCUAUACAUUUUCUUGGCUAUACGCUUCCUCAGGGUCAUCCUUGUCACACUUUCACCUUACCUCCCCCACCUGCCGACAAAAAAAGAACUGGGCCUCGCCCAUGCCCGGUAUGUUACCUUCCAGUAGAAGAAGCAAUUGCCUUGAUGCCAACUGCUCCGUCCUUUUCUCCUCUUCUUCAGAACUUAACGUAUAUACAUGAAGACCCUCUCAACAGAGACACAGAGUUUGGAGGCUCUGAUUUUGGUGGUUAUCCUACUUUGAAACAUAGGAAUGCUUCUUUUGAUAUUCAAGAAACAAUGAGCGUACAUUGUGGGUUUGUUAAAGGACCUCAACCUGGUCGAAAUACAGGGUUUGACAUUGAUGAGGCUGAUCUUCUUGAAAUGAAGGAAUGCCGUGGGAUUGUUGUUGCUUCUGCCGUAUUUGAUGCUUUUGAUGAUGUAAAAGCCCCCCAAAAUAUCAGUAAAUAUUCGGCAGAAACAGUUUGCUUCUACAUGUUUGUUGAUGAAGGAACUGAAACAAUUUUGAAGAGAGAACGAGGCCUUAACGGCAACAAGAAAGUAGGGAUAUGGAGAGUUGUUGUUGUGCAUAAUCUCCCUUAUUUAGAUGGAAGGCGCAAUGGAAAGGUCCCCAAGCUUCUUGUCCAUAGGAUGUUUCCAAAUGCUAGAUAUUCUUUAUGGAUUGAUGGAAAACUUGAGCUUGUCGUCGAUCCAUAUCAAAUCCUUGAAAGGUUCUUGUGGAGAAAGAAUGCUACUUUUGCAAUCUCUAGACAUUAUAGACGGUUUGAUGUCUUUGUGGAGGCUGAAGCAAAUAAAGCUGCUGGUAAAUAUGACAAUGCUUCUAUCGACUUUCAGGUGGAGUUCUACAAGAAUGAAGGGUUAACCCCUUACUCUGUUGCAAAGCUCCCAAUCACAAGCGAUGUGCCUGAGGGCUGUGUCAUUUUAAGAGAGCAUGUUCCCAUCAGCAACCUCUUCACUUGUCUUUGGUUCAACGAAGUAGACCGAUUCACUUCGAGAGAUCAAAUCAGUUUCUCAACAGUAAGAGACAAGAUUGAAGCAAAAACAAACUGGACAGUAAGCAUGUUCCUUGACUGCGAGAGACGCAACUUUGUAGUUCAGAGAUAUCAUCGAGCAGAACAAGAGAGAAUCGCAAGGCGAAAACCUCCGACUGUGCCUAAUAUUUCUCCUCCUCCACCACCGCCUCCUCCACUGCUUACUACACCAGUUUUAAUCAGCAGCGAUUUGCCUAGAAAAGUCUCAGGUGGAAGAGCGGGCGGUACAAGGCCGCCUAGAAGGCGUGGAAGAGGCAGACGGUCUAGUUCAAGAGGUAAUAGGAAAGCUAAUCUGCCUGUUUAAUUCAGCUUAAGACUGAAAGAAAACAAAGCCUCCCAUCACCAACUACACAUUCAAAUUUUACCACACAUUAGUGUUCCUUUUUGUUUCUCUAUUGAUUAUAAAAGGAUUCAAACUCAAUUUUUAAUGUAUAUAAUAUAUACACGGACAUUUUUGUACUUGGAUACUAAAUUAUAGUUUCAAAAUUUUGGAGAAAGUU